GGAGCGGCGGCGCGGCGGCGCAAUCACAGCGGGGCAGACGACCGAGGGUCUGGUCUGAGCCUGCGCGCCGCCAGGAGUUCCCACGGUGCUGCUGUCUCGGCUGCCACUGCCGCGAUCUCCCGCCGCAGUUGAAUGCCACGGUGCAGAAUGACUUGGAAGCUCACCGUACUGCUCAGCCUGGCCCUGGGUGUCACUGCUGCUCCCACUGGUGUGGACGACCCUGAGGAUGGCGGCAAGCACUGGGUGGUGAUCGUGGCCGGCUCAAAUGGCUGGUACAACUACAGGCACCAGGCCGACGCGUGCCAUGCCUACCAGAUCAUCCACCGCAACGGCAUUCCCGACGAGCAGAUCGUGGUGAUGAUGUACGACGACAUCGCCAACUCCUCGGAGAACCCCACUCCAGGUAUUGUGAUCAACAGGCCCAACGGCACGGACGUGUACAAGGGUGUCCCGAAGGAUUACACCGGGGAGGACGUCACCCCUCAGAACUUCCUCGCUGUGUUGAGAGGCGAUGCGGAAGCAGUGAAGGGCAAAGGCUCUGGAAAGGUCCUGAAGAGUGGCCCCCGGGAUCAUGUGUUCGUCUACUUCACUGACCACGGAGCUACCGGAAUACUGGUUUUUCCUAGUGACGACCUUCACGUGAAGGACCUGAACGAGACCAUCCACUACAUGCACAAACACAAAAUGUACCAAAAGAUGGUGUUCUACAUCGAGGCCUGUGAGUCCGGCUCCAUGAUGAACCACCUGCCCAGUGACAUCAAUGUUUAUGCGACGACUGCUGCCAACCCCAAGGAGUCGUCCUACGCCUGCUACUACGACGAGGAGAGAAGCACCUACCUGGGCGACUGGUACAGUGUCAACUGGAUGGAGGACUCGGACGUGGAGGACCUGACCAAAGAGACCCUCCACAGGCAGUACCAGCUGGUGAAGUCCCACACCAACACCAGCCACGUCAUGCAGUACGGAAACAAAUCCAUCUCUGCCAUGAAAGUGAUGCAGUUUCAGGGUGUGAAGCACAAAGCCAGUUCCCCUAUCUCUCUGCCUCCUGUCACACACCUUGACCUCACUCCCAGCCCGGAGGUGCCCCUGGUGAUCCUGCAAAGGAAACUGAUGAAGACCAAUGAUAAGCAGGAGUCCCAGAGUCUCAUCAAGCAGAUCCAGCAGCAUCAGGAUGCCAGGCACAUUAUCGAGAAGUCGGUGCGCAAGAUCGUCUCUCUGCUGACGGCCUCCGAGGCUGUGGGGGAGAGGCUGCUGUCCGAGAGAGCCCCGCUCACCGAGCACAGCUGCUACCAGGAGGCUGUGACGCACUUCCGCACGCACUGCUUCAACUGGCACUCCUCCACGUAUGAGUACGCUCUGAGGCACCUCUACGUGCUGGCCAACCUUUGUGAAAAGCCGUACCCCAUCGACAGGAUAAAACUGUCCAUGGACAAGGUGUGCCUUGGUUACUACUGAACAGCUGCCCUCUCCAUGCUUCUCCCGUGAGCACCGUCCUCGGGUGCUGUACUAACCAGAGACUGAAGUGGAGCCAGAGGGGCGCCAGCUGCCGGGGCCCCUGGGCGUGCUGGCGGACACUCUGGGCCUCUCCCCAGGCCUUCCCGUCACAAGACCUCACUCACCUAUAUUCCUGUCUUCCGCAAGGACAGGGCACACUCUGAAAUAACUGCAAACUGAUGUCAGACUGUGUUGAGAAAGGGACGUUCGCUUUUUAGGAGUUUUUUGGGUUUUUUACCCCGUAGUUUUCAGGAGCAAGCCGUUCGCUGGGGCUGCCAGACCUGUGAACGGAUCUUUGUUCUGAGAAGUUGAAGCUGGAAACUCUUUUAAGUCUUCAGAAUGAUUUCAUUGAGGAAAGUAAAUCCAAAAUGGAAAAUUAUUUUUAGAAAAAAAUUAUAUAAUUUUUGAUUGCUUUUGUAUUUUAUUCUGUAAUAAUGGAUGAGUCUUAAAAAAUAAAGAUUUAUAACUGAA